AAAUGAGAAGAGAGAAGAACAAGUCUCUGGUUCCACUACCCGACAAAGCCUUGUCUUCCAUAUAAUGGACUUUUGCACUCUGGUCAAAAAAAUCCCCAAAAACCCUUCUCCAAUUUCAUCUCUCUUCCUCCAAAAAGAUUCUCUCUUUCUUCCUCAGAAACUGAUUCACAAAUCUCUUCUCGUUUUUCCGUUUCAAAUGGCGCCGGUGACGGAGCAUCAGGGGUCGUUCCUAAGUCGAAUAAGCCGUCGCAAUCAAAUCGUUUCCAUGGACGUCAACCACGACCAAGAACUCAAAGAACUCGAAGAUUUCCAGAAACACGUCGCUCAGCGCUUCACGGAGUUACUAUCUCCGUCAGGAGAAUCCGACCCGAUUCUCUCGAUCCAGUGGCUACGGAAGCUUCUCGAUGCUUUCAUGUCUUGCGAAUCGGGGUUUCAAUCGGUGCUAACCGCGAACCCGGCUCAGAUCUCUAAACCGCUCGUACCGGAGACGCUCGACCGGAUCGUUAAGGCCCUUGAUAUCUGUACAGCUGUAGUUAACGGCGCUGACUCAGUCAGACAAAGCCAGCGUCUCGCUGAGAUCGCCGUUACGGCGUUGAAACAGCAGCCGUUAAGUGACGGAAGCGUUAGGAGAGCUAAACGGGCUCUCACAAGCCUCCUAGCCGCCUUAAACGCCGAUAAGAACAGCGGUGGAAGCGGUAGGAGGGCGACGACGACGGAGCAGUCGUCGUCGUUUGGCCGGGGCAGCGGCGGAGGAGGAUGCGUGAGCAAGAACUGGUCAGCCUCGAAGCAGAUUCAAGCAAUGGCGGCGAAUCUUGCGCUUCCACGUGGCGGAGAAGCGUCUCCGAUGUUUAUAAUGAGUAGUGUCAUGGUAAUGGUGAUGUGGACGCUAGUUGCGGCGGUUCCUUGUCAGGCAAGCAACGGUUUGACGGUUCAUUUGCCGUUGCCGAGGCAUCAGGUCUGGGCUAGCGCGGCGGCGAGCAUCCAGGAGAGGAUCGGGGAAGAGCUGAAACGCAAGGAGAAGCGCUGUGGUGGUGGUGGAGGGUUGAUGGAGGAGAUGCAGAGGAUGGAGAGGGUUGGGUUGAAGCUGAUGGAGUUCGCUGAUGGGUUUAGGUUUGAUGGAGAGGAGGAAGUGAAGGCGGAAGUGGAGGAGAUGGAGGAGAUUUGCCGGAAAAUGGAAGAUGGGCUUGACGGUUUACAGAGACAAGUUAGACAAGUGUUUCAUAGGUUGGUGAAAAGCAGAAGUGAGAUUCUUGAAGCUAUUGAUCAUUGUAAUAUCUAGAUCCCUAGAGUAAAAAGAAGAUAGGGUGCGAUUGUGAUUUAUUAAAUGAUCAAUCUUUUUUAUGUAUAUAAUCUCCUCUACAAUUGGUAUUAGCUAUAGCCAUGUUGAUUGAUGUUCAUUCGUUCGUUCUAGAAUCCUGCGACUGGUCACAGCGACCAAUUGGUUUCAGAUAUGGCCAUGUUCUUUUGUUGUUUGUAGUGAGACUAAAAAACUCUGUUGUGAGACUACACAGUUUGAUUUUUCUUUUUCAAAUUCGCCAAAUGUUUUGCAGAA